UUGUUUGUCUGCUCGGCGGGCGCAGCUAGCAUUACGAAACAUGCUGCGCCGGGCCCCUAUGCACGGCUCAUUGCAGUGAUACAACUGCGGUGCUCGGCUGGCUAGAAGUCGCGUUUUUUCACUUCGCCGUGAGGUUCGUGAGAAAGUGUCUUUUUAGUCGUGACGAGUGUUCGGAAUCGUCGAUUUUAGACGAAGAGGUGCUGGGACGAUUCACCGAUCAGGAGGUACUAACUGUAUUUAUAACGGUUCAAGCACUUCUACUCUAGCUCAGCCGAGAUAUGGACAGUCUUGCGUAUUCAACUGGAAGCAUUUGCUUCGUUUUUCUAUUCGAUAUGGCAAAUGCUGAGGACGACAUUCAUAAAAAACUGAGAGAGAAAUAUUCUGCUUUUCCCCUGCCGGCCAUCAUCAUAUUGACCUUCAUGGUGGUCAUGUUUGUGUCAAGCUGCAUCGCCUUUUGGAUUAUCUGGUACCGUAGAAGACAACGUGUGCUGGGAAUGCUGCAGCCCACACCCUGUAUGCCGCCAUCGUUGAGUCCAGCUCCAGGUCCAGUGGUGUCCGGUAUGCCUACAUACAUGCAGCCAGAAGCACGUCCUCUCAUACCCAGUGCAUCCGCAUAUCCGGCCACAGUCAAUACGUGCCAGAAGGACUUUCAAGAAGAUACAAGUCCACCUUAUGUAAAGAAUGGAUUCUACUGCGAUCAUAGCAGUACAUCUCCGCCUCAACUACCCACUGCUCCAAUUCCAUCCGCACCGCCUCAACCACCCCCACCUUAUGGCAGCUGAACAAACUAGAAUAGACUUCGUAUAUGCAUUGUACUUGCUGUGGUGGUGCAGAGGCCAUGCUUCAUCUUGCUGUUGUACUUGAAGUUAGAUUUCAUUCCUCAUGGAGCACAGUGCAAGAGUGCUAGUGAGGUCACGGCAGCAUGAUUCUGCCGUGACUGCACACAGAGCCAAUGCCAUCUGCCCAUUCACAAAUGAUAAAAAAAGUGUGCUAAAUAUGUGAAAAGCAUUUUAUGAAAUGCUAAUAAAUGCUAAUGUACACGUAAAUGAGGUGUUUGCAACAGACCCUUUUCAUAACCAGUUAGUGCACUUCUCUGCAUUGCAGUGAAUAUGAACAAGUAAUGGCGGCACCUAUCGGGCUUCAAGCGGAGAGGCGGUCCUAACUGAAUGCUCCGUGUCUUGUCUAUUAUGAGUGUUUAUAUGAAGAGAGGCGACUCAACAUUUUCCACAUCAUUGUGUAAGCAGGCAGCGCUUGAACAGAUUAUUUGCACUAGAUUACAUGCCACCAGUAGUAGUUCAAACUGCAUAGCAGGAAAGGUAACUGUACUGUAUUGAAAAGGAUCUAUGUAUUUUGUUUGUUUUUAUACUUACAACAGACAGUCAUCUCAGACAUUGUUAAUGCACUGCACAGCUAAAAAAAAUCUAUACUGAAAUGCGAACAUUAAGUUAGAAAAAUACAUAGCACGAGACAUUGAUGCAGCGAUGUCAUGAAAACAAAAGCUGUACAUGAUGGCUCUGUAGAACCUGUUGCUAAAUGCUUUUAAAGAUUCCAUACAAUGUGAAAAUGGCAGAAAUGAAUAUUGGAAGAUUUGCAAAAGUUAAGUGAUAGUUCACAGUGUUGCACUGAGUCACAAACCUAUACCAAGCGAAACAGUCUAAGUAUCACCUGUUGGACAUCCAUAAACAGACAGGCAGUUCUUCAUUGAAAAGCCUAAAGAUGUGCCAGUAUCCAUAGAACAACUUCCAUUAUUACCAGCAUGGAAAAUGAAGUAGCGUUUUAUUGGCACCAAGAGGAAGUGAUGGUAGUGCAACUUAAACAAAGAAUGUGUGUAAAAAAAAUCAAUUGUCCGAGUAAGUGAAACUCGAGCUGCUUUGUACCACACUGUGCUUUUUUUCUUUCUGUGUGUAGGUGAAGCAUUACAGUACGUACAGCUGUUGCAUCAUUGUAGUUGGAUGUAUGAAAAUAUUCGUGCUUCACUGCAAACUUGUAUUUUUAUUCUGUGCAGAAGUGUCAACAAACAAUUUGUGAGCACGUGCCUUGUGUAAUCAAAUACAGGCCAGGGUUUUCUUUUCAUUAAAGGGGCCCCGCAACACU